AUUCCCAUCCCUAUGUCUCUCCUUCUCCAGCUAUUACAGUCUCCUUAUUCUUUAAUUUAAUAUACUUACCCUCACUCUCUCUCCCCUUGAGCUUCUAUCUAUCUCUCUAUAUAUAUAAACAGAUGUGAUAGUAAUUAAUAUUUUCAGAGAGAAGCUUCAGCGCCUGCCACUAAACGAUUGAGAUCGAAUGGGUAGAGCUCCUUGCUGUGACAAAGCCAACGUGAAGAGAGGACCAUGGUCACCUGAAGAAGAUGCCAAGCUCAAGUCCUAUAUCCAGCAACAUGGCACUGGUGGUAACUGGAUCACCCUUCCUCAGAAAGUUGGUCUCAAGAGAUGCGGGAAGAGUUGUCGGCUUAGAUGGCUGAAUUACCUCCGACCAAACAUCAAGCACGGGGAGUUCACUGAGGAGGAAGACAACAUAAUAUGCAGUCUCUAUCUAAGUAUUGGCAGCAGGUGGUCAAUUAUAGCUGCUCAAUUACCUGGACGAACGGACAAUGAUAUCAAGAACUACUGGAAUACAAAGCUGAAGAAAAAACUACUAGGCAAACAGCGAAAGGAUCAUCGGCCUCGGACAGGAUACCAUCAUAAUAAUAAGCUAGAGAUGAUGAAGGAAAACGAGAAUUUCUUUGCUAAUCCAGAUAUAAAUGCAUAUUAUUCUUGGCCUCCCCAAUCACUACUAUUCUCUACACUAAUUGCUCCACAAAGUGACCUGGCAGAAAGCAGUGCAAACACCCACAAUUUUCAGUAUUCCCUUGAUCAGGUUUAUUUCUGCCAAGAUCAACUGUGCCAAAGCUCGACAAAUCAGCUUGCCUCUAUUAAUCCUCUUAAUAUCAAUACAUGUGAUUCUUCAGUGACAAGCAGCUAUUACCCCAGCAUUAUUAAUGGAGUUAGCAACAACAGUUUCCAAGAGUAUAAUAAUUACGUUCCCGUUGGCCUGUCCGAUAACGUGCUUAACAGUACUUCUAGUCAUUCUCAACAAAUGGAUAAAAGUGUAUUGGAAAUGGUCAAUAGCCGCACUAUUAGCACUACAUCACCAGAUAUUAGUACAGGCUGGGAAGAGUUGAGCCCUUUAAUUGUUUACCCUCCAUCAGUAUCCUGUUCUGAAACCCAGCAAGAAAUAUCACCCUAUUAUGUACUUGAAGAGUCAAGAUACUUGGGGUUGUUGAAGCAGUGAUUAUAAUCUUAGCCAUAUAUGUAACUGUAAACAUAUGAAUUACGAAAUUUGCGUUUACAGUAACUUUUUCUAGUUUCAGUCGAGUUUUCAGUGUGCCUUUUCACUGAACCUUGGAGAUAUGUUUGGUUUCUAUUAUCACUUUCAUCGUUACUACAUUAUAAAAUUCUUUGUAUUUGCUCGAUG